UGUGACGAUGCCAUGCAAAAGAUGGCAAAACAAAGCGCAGACUGAGGCGGGACACGGCUUCAUAGCAGCGUUUAAGGGGUCUUGGCCCGGUGUGUGUGACACGGACGUGCAAACAAACCCAUUAGAUGCCGGAGCCACAGCAGUGUGUCAUGAUACAUCCUGACGUGCCCAGAACCCGACUGGCCCGAUUUACGCCGCCUAUCGCCUCAUCUUGUUUUACGGGGACAACAUUGGGCUAUUUUUACGCACUUCCAGCAAAGCGCGACCCGGUCCGCUUCAGGGUCGUGCUGUGAAACGCAGCCUUGGGACUGGAGUUUGAAAUCGCGAAAACGCGAAAAACAACUUUGUUGGGAUUUUCAAACGGAGCGUGUUGUCGCCAUUGCAUCACUCCACGCGCUCCGGGAAGCGUCGCCUGACUUGCCCGACGCGUACACCGCACGCGCGCCUCCGGUGCGGCUGCAGACUCGCGGCUCGGCACGCGUGUGAGCGGCCGUCGCGGCGGCACCGGGCGUUUGGAGAAGGGGGGAAUGAAACGCGCCACGGCGGCGGCGCGCAGACGUUCACCCUUGAGCUCUCCGCGUUCGCGUUCGUCUGUGCGCAAUGGCACCGAGCGCUCCGGCUGCUCUGCACGGCGCCGGACGCGAUCCCCGGGCAACUUUUGACUCUGGACGGACGCUGCUUUGCCUCGAUGGCGUCUGAUGAUUUCCUGCGUGAGGAGCAGUAGCGGUGUCGUAAGUGUUCAGAUUCUUCACUCCCAUGUCACCGGGACGUCUCCAUGGCGACGUUUAGCAGCGCAGAGAGGCUCUGGAACGAGUCGGAGCUGUUCGGGCCGGACGAGGGGAACGGCAGCGCGGAGGCCUCGUGGCAGGACGAGGGGGAGAGGAACUACUACGCCAUGCUCUACUCCCUGCUCAUCCUGGCCAUCGUGUUUGGGAACGUGCUGGUGUGUCUGGCUGUGCUGAGGGAGCGCUCCCUCCAGACCACCACCAACUACCUGGUGGUCAGCCUGGCUGUGGCCGACCUGCUCGUGGCCUCGCUGGUCAUGCCCUGGGCCGUGUACCUGGAGGUGGUCGGCGGCGCCUGGCUCUUCAGCCGGCUCUACUGUAACAUCUUUGUCACGCUGGAUGUGAUGAUGUGCACUGCCAGUAUCCUCAACCUGUGCGCUAUCAGCAUCGACAGGUACACAGCAGUGGUGAUGCCUGUUUUGUACAACACCACGCACCGCUCCAGGAAGCGAGUUCUGGUGAUGAUUGCCACCGUGUGGGUCCUGGCUUUCGCCGUCUCCUGUCCCCUUCUGUUUGGCUUCAACACCACAGAUGACCCGAUGGUGUGCUCCAUCUCGAACCCGGACUUCGUCAUCUACUCCUCCGUGGUGUCCUUCUACCUGCCUUUCAUUGUCACGCUGCUGGUCUACAUCCGCAUCUAUGUCUUCCUCAGGAUGAGGCGGAAGAGGAUCUCCUUCGGCCAGCCCUGCAGAAAGGUCCAGCCAGGCUCCACCCCGCCAUCUGUGGAAACGUGUCUCCAAGAGGAAACUCCCAAGGCGAAGCAGGACCUUUCACCUAUACGGAUUAAAGUGCAGAGCGUGGAGCCUCUGGGUCCGUCCAAGCCCAGCCUGCUCUCAGGAUGCCUGUGGCGCAAGCACCCGAGGACGCGGCCGGCGGAGCACUCGGCGCUGCCCCCGGUGGACACGCAGAACUACUGCAGCAUCAGCCACGCGUCCUGCGGCCGCACCGAGCUGGACCCGGAGCAGCAGCCGGGGGAGGAGGGGGAGGAGGGGGAGGAGGAGGCAGCGGCGGCGGACAGCAACCAGGGCGAGGGUCCUCCCGUCAGGAUGGGCUGCGAGGUGAAGGACCUGUCCAACGGGCGAACGCACACGUCUCUGAGGCCGGCUCCUCACUCUCACACCAACAACCAGCGCUUCCGGAGCAUGCACGCCCGGGAGAAGAAGGCCACGCAGAUGCUGGCCAUCGUGCUGGGUGAGUACAGGACACAGGCGCCCACAGCGAAACUCACCAUAACGCCUAAUACAGGCCGUUUAAUGCACAUAAAGCAGCUGCCCCUGCAUCCCUCAAUGUGUGCUGCUCCCAGUGCCCUGCUCUGCAUUCUCCCCCGGCCGUGACGGCUCACUCCAUGCGCCCCCGCCGCCCCCCCCUUUUCUCCAGACUCACAGUAAAUCAAGCUGAAAUGUCGGCCUCGCGGACGCGCGCCCCGGCUCCUGACGCAGCGGCCGCAGCCAGCUUUCUGUGAGAUGGUCCAGUUACCUCUGGCACGGCGCAGGCCUCCCCGACGAAGACACAAUCAGCAGCGUCCGAUUAUAUUACAGAGGCGUCAGUGAAAGCGGAGAUGCCCUCAGCUCCGCCCACUUCCCACCUGCCUUUUAGCAAAAUCACUGUUUAAAGAGUGCGGUGAGCAAAAAUGUACAGAUUCAUCAUAUUGUUGGGUAUUAUUAUAAAUGUACAUGUUAUCAUUAUAAGCUAGUAUAAUGACAACUGUCCUUCAGUUGAUCAACAGUGAUGUAACACCAUUGUAAACGUUGAGCUUCAGAUAACACAUAAUGCUAGAAGAUGAAGGCUGCAGCCUAUUAUACUACAACAGCAGUACAGUAGUACUAUAUAUCAUGAGGCAGUAUCUGGACGCGAGGCUCCUGAACCUUGGACUGAUCUAUUUAGAUCUAUUAUCCAGGAUGCGUUCAUAUUUACUGCGUAGCUUGGUUAACUGACCUUUUCACACCUCCUGUACUCGCGUCGUGGCCUCAACCCUCAUUAACCGUGGCUUCGGUUGAACACGUGACCCCUGGUUUUCCAUGCGCACACGUAGUUGUUGCUAAGCUCAGGCUGAACAGUUGCAGGUUUACUACACAUGAAGUAUGAUCCUUAUUAACACAUAAUGCUUUUUUUUUAUCUCCUGCCUCUUCCUCCCCCUCACAUUUACACUUUCAACACGUUUCGUUUCACAUUCUCCAUCUCCUUGCUCUACUUGCACUACAGCAGAAGGUAGGUGGUAGAAAAUAAAGAAAAUCCUCUGCUCUGUACAUUAAACCUUGAUGUCUGGUUUUGAAGGAUCUUCUGAUCAGACACUUUACCCCAGGAUCUGUACCUCACAAGGAUUCAAGUUCUUCAGCCAUGAAACUAACAACCUGACUUAAUGUUGAAGCGGCCCAAACUUGGAUCUUUGUAAGAAAACACCUGAGCUGCUUUGACCAAUCUGGCUCAAAAAGGACAUCUUUACCUCUGAUAUUCAAAUUACCAGCGACAAGAGAAGUCGUGAAGGCGGCUUGCGGCGUGAACAGGUCAGACCUCUGGAGCCUUAUUUCAUUUCAGAAAUAACCGGUUGUCGCCGUUCGAGUAAACGCUUGCCUCUUGAGUUUUUUUGUAUUCAUUCAAAUGUAAAGUCUUUUGCCUUCAUUGAACAUCAAGCACUGUAUUCUUUGACCAGAGCUCCAAUUUAGAAAACAUUUACAUCUUAACAACGGGAGACAGCGUUGGUGUUGGGAUAAUCGCAGACAUGGCCGAGCCGCCCGUGCCAUCUGUAGUCUGACUUCUCUCGUGAAAACCUCAGACAUUGUGAAACAUUGCGCUUUCAGCAAACACUUCUAUCCAUCCAUCCAUCCAUUAACGCAAUAACAGACUGUGUAACGGACUACAUAAACUUCUGCUGUGAAAACACUGUUCCCACCAGGCGGGUUCGGUGUUUCACCAACAGCAAGCCAUGGGUCACCCCUGAUAUUAAAGCUCUGCUAAAGGAGAAGAAGAGAGCAUUUAAAUCAGGGGACAGGGAGGAGCUGAGGAGGGUGCAGAAGGAGCUGAGGAGGAAAAUCCGUGAGGGGAAGUCCAGCUACAGGAGGAAGAUGG